AUGGUAACACAAGGAAUAAAAUACCAACGUGAUAGACUGCACGAAAUUUGGACAUAUCAAAAUAUUAAAGUGCGACGAGUGGAGACAAAAGUGACCGAUGUGAUGAGUUCGGCGAAGCAACAGAUAAAUUCACAAGUGGCGGAACAAAUUAGAAGAUUUGUAAGAGGUAUGAAUCAGAAAAUUGUUGAACUGAAACAGGAUCUGAGAAAGAUUAACGACACCUUCAUGGGUUAUAUAAGGGAAUUGGAGGCAUGGAUUAAAAAAGCGGAGACCGCGCUCGACGAAGCGUUUCGACGGGUAAACGAUAUCAUUUCAGAAGCAAGUGGAACCUUAGGCACACAUAACAGGUUAAAACUUGAGAAGGCCGUUUCAGAAUUAAAGACUAACGCUCUGAAAUUGUAUAACGCCUAUAAAGCGUCAGAGAAAGCAUUACCACCAUUGGUAGAAGAAGUCACGAAGGCAGUUGAAAAGUUGGAUGUCGCUAUAACGAAGGAUUUGUCAACUUUGAAAGGAACAAUUGAUCUGACAAUUACUGCGUUUGUUGAUCAGGCAAAGAAGCAUUUUGCGGGGAUAAAAAACAACACGAUUGGUGACGAUGAUAACACAGGUGUUAUAGAGAAAUGGGUCGAUCUUAAAGAUGAGAUCAAAGAACUUGUUAAUGGUUUGACUGGUUCCGGUAAGGGAUUAACUCAGAUGUAUCAAGGAGUUGACACGUACGUCACGGCGUUCGAGAAAUUCGCAAUAAAAGAUGAUGGUGACGCGGAUCAAUGCACAGUCGGUAAGUGGUUUGAUGAAGUUUGGAAUAGCAAGGUAGUGACAUUUUAUAUUGGAUAUUACGCAGCUAAGCCCGAUGAGGUUGAUGCAGUAAGGAAUGUUACCAAGGAUAAGAUUAUAGAACGUCUCGGAAAAGUUCGGUUACAAAGCUCGGGAAGUGAAAGCAUUGAUCAGAAGUUAAAAAACAUAAAGCAGUUCCUUGAUACGAUUGCCGCAGAAAUAAAGGGUGAGAUUGACGAUGAAAAAAUUAAACUAUUUGUGCAAGGUAUUGAGCAAGAUGUUAGGGUAAAAUCGCUUGGACUUACUUCAUCGAAUAAUAAUUUGCGAUCCGUCUUGGAAAUCGUCUUUAAAUUUCUGCAUACUGCUGCUUCAACAUUUGGCAAAUCAAUAGAAACAUUCUUCACUUCUUCCCACAUUGCAAACCUGACUCAGGCUAUUACCGAUGUCGCAGAAAUCGGUGUUAAGAUUAAUACGGACGAAGACUCAGGAGAUAUUGGUGAAGAAAUUCAGAAAGCAUUUGACCAGAUCAAAGUAAAAAUUAACGACCUCAAUGGCACUCUCAAUAGAAAUCUUCAGAAGGAAGUAGAGCUGAGAUUUGAAGAGGCUCAUCGUCAGGCUGAUAGUGUCAAGGAUCUUAUGACAAGUUAUACGGAACAUAUAGGUGAUGAUGAAUUUCGUGAUAAUACGAUUAAGGGGAAAAUUCGGACACUCCAAAAAUCAGCAUUGCAACCUUUGAAAAUUUUAGAAGAAAAUAUUAAUGCCACAUCUAUUGAAAAAAACGCAACCGAUAUCAUUCGCAAAAAAAUCGUCACCCUCUGCACAGCUAUCAUCAAUGCGGCUGACGACCAACACGAAGACGGUGUAAAAAGAAAAAUAACGGAUCUGCGACACAUGAUCAACAACGAUGAAUAUAAUAUUGGGGGUCAAGUUCAGAAAGGCUUGAAGAAAAUUAUGAAAGACUUAAUCAAACUGCUAACAGAGCGCAUGGAUCCACUGAUAUCACAAACUCAAGGCAUCGCCAACCACGCCUCUAGUCAACAAAAUAAGAUCAUCGGAGAUGUUGAACUACAUAUCAACGAACACCUCGAUGCAGCACAAUCGGCAAUUUUAGAAGAUAUUAGAACAAGUCACGUUAUAUUCAUGAAGUUGAACAUUCAGGCAUUAUGUGACAAAGUAGCCAACGAACUUGGUGGUCUCCCCGAUAAGGUCACAGCAGACGCCACUAAGGGUUUCAAGGGCUUCAUGGGAUUGCUUCAGGAAACGUUUAGGUUCACUGCAUUCAAUGAGCAACUACAGUACAAUGCGACACUCUCCGAUUUUUGGUUCGACGUUAAUCUGCUCUUCAGCGGGUUGCUAAACGAGUUGCAGUCGCGGAAGGACAUCGGAUGCAGACAUCCCCAAAUUCCCGACCUAUUAGCAGCCCUUAGUACGCUUUUAACCGGACUUAGCAAAUACGAUGCGCAGUUUGUUGACAACCUAGCCGCAGUUAAUCAGUUACUCACCGAAAUACAACCCACCUUAUUCAACGGACAGCAGAACGUUCUGCUCAACAUCUUGAAAGAUGGUUUCCACCGGUUGCACUGCGAACUUGACAAGGCGUACGUGAAUAAGUAUUCCGGCGCUCCAACGCAUUUCAGUUGGACGGAGGUGUUAACCACGGGAGUGACAGAAUACGGUCUACAAUGCGCCAAAGCUUUUGUCACUCUGCUGUCAAUCUUGAAAACGUCGCUGCAUGAUGUUAAGCGCAAUUGCAAGAGUCUGCCCAAACAACAACUUAACACAUCAGCGGAUCUUGGCAAACACUUCGUAGGACUAGGUUUCGAAAUCUCCAGCGACGGUGAGCAGAACGGGGAGUUGCAAGACGCAUCGGGUAUGACUGGCGCACAUAUUCUCGGUCGUAUGAUCGGUCCGACUAAAAAAGUCUACACUAGUCACGAUGAUGCCAAGGAUGAAGGCCCACUGUACCUGGUUUGCUAUUAUCUGGAGGCGUACUACCAAGUCUCUCACUUGGCCCAUAUUCCCGGUGCGAAAGCGCCCUGUAAUAUAUACCAAAUGCUCUGCUGGUUCAGCGGAUUGCCGUAUAACCCAGUAUAUUCCGCGUUGUUAGUAGACGGUAUCAGUGAUCCUUUCAUUGAUCCAAACAAGCCAUCCGGCGAUAUAGAAGGCACUCCGGUACUUGAUCUGCAAGCGUCAUAUAUAGACGCAUAUCCACAUAAGAUAACGUAUAAGAACACCGCUAAAGUGCUCGGCCACCUCUGUUCAAAAUCAUACGAAAUAUUGGUAACGGUUGUUGGAACUGGUAACGCAUACACGACGUAUGGUUGCGAUAUGUUGAACAACUCCAUGAAAUUCUAUUACCCUACCUCCGGUGAAGAGUGCCUUCAGACUAUUCUUGACGUCGUCCAUCGGCUGUUACCACCGCUGAAAUAUUUGUUCUACCGAUGUGGUAUUUCAGCUGAGCAUAACGGUUGGCGCAAUUGUCAGUACGGCAGAGAUGCCUCUACUGCCAAAUCUCAAUGCAAACAACACUCAACGUGCAAACCAAAUUGCAAAACAAAGUGCGAACCAAAUUGCCAGGCAAACUGCCAACCUACGUCCCCCUUGAUGUCCUACCUGGGUGACUGCCUGCCGGGUCAUUUACCGCACCACCUAAGCGACAUCGGCUGCAAAGCCAAAUGUUCCACGUGCCCUACUAAUAAACGAGGAAUGCCGUGCCUAACUCCGCUUGGCUUUAGAGCGUUCUCUGGAUCAACCAAAACGGGUUACGACUUAUGUGAGGUACUUCGUCAAUUCUUCGGCGGCAGCCUACUUUCAUCGCUCCUCUGCCUAGCUCCGAAGCCGCCGUCCACUCUGCCCGAACAUUUGAGUUUUGUAACGCAGCUUUUCGGAAAUUGGCAGAAGAUAUAUUCAGCGAACAAGCACGUGGUGCAAUAUGCAUUUGAAGGCUCGAUUAAAAAGCUGUCCAUAAAGCUAGUCAACGAUACUGCCGAACUUUGUGAUACAUUCAGAAGCAUCUAUGGGCACAAGCAUAACGAUGCUGACAAUGACUUAUCGCACGCCGACACUCAACACGCCGACGUAAUUAGUGUCUGCUUACCGAAGAAUACGAACUUAUGUUCCGGCCAGCAAUGCGCUCCUUACCUUCAAUCGCUAUGCCAUGAUUCUUACUUAUACCUUGCCCCAAAGCAUGCUGACGUAUACGUGUCAUGGGCAGUCUACCUACCUUGGUCUUUAUAUCAAAUGCUUCAAUCCUUACUUGACGCCUUCACCCGUAUCAUAUGUCAAGACUGGGGAUGCAAAAAAUGUAUGAGCAGCGCAAAAUGUAGACAAGGGCAGCAUGGAACCCUUGACAAAACGUGUAGAUGUCUCUCCGUUGUAAGCUGUAACGGCGUUUGGCCAACGUUAUAUCAACACGGAUUUACGUUUGGUGAUGCUGCCAAAUUGAACGCCAAGCAUAGACAAAAAAUGUGCUUUAAUUUCUAUACACAACUCAAGUCAGUGCUUGAAUCCAAAUACUUCGAAACGUUAUUCAAGCAAUGCGACAAUUUCCUCUUCACCAUCCGCGCCCCCUUCAUCUGGCUCAACGUCGCGCUCUGGCUCCUCUCCCUUCUCUACCUCCUCCAGAUCAUGGUCAUCCGCCUAGACCUGCUCCACAUCAAAUCGCAUUUACAUAGUCCCUCAUCACAUCGUAUAGCAGCUCAAUCACUACUUGCUGCUGCGCGUGUUAACAAGCUUAACAGAGUGUUUUACCUGCAACCGUAA